ACGAAUUGAAUUUUGUGUCUGUUUUAUUCGUUAUACUGCUCUAAAAGCUUGUGUAGUUAGUUUAUUGUGAAAUGGAUUUGAAUGACGAUGAUAUAGAAUUAAGUGAAGACGAAGAAAUCACAGUAGAAACAGUGUUAAAGACAGUACAGUGCGCAUGGCAAAAUGAACGUUUAGCGCCAGAAAUUCUACCCCACCGCAAUGAUAUGGUAGAAUGCAUGUUGGGACAAAUACAGCACAUGGAAAGAAACAUCAACAAACUCCCGAAAACAGAUCUUCGUGCGUCUAUUCAUAAAAUGGAAUUAAGUAGAAUAAAAUUUGUAAUAUGUAAUUACUUAAAAACUAGGCUACAUAAGAUAGAGAAAUUUUGUAUUACUAUAGUUAAUGAAGAAAGACAACGAAUAGAAUCAGGUACUAACUAUCUUACACCAGCUGAGUUCAAAUACGCCCAGGAGUAUUUAUUGAACAUGGAGACUCAUUUAAAGAAAGUUGUUUUGAAUAAAGUGCCUGGUAACAUGCAGUCGCUGGAACUGAGCAAAUUAGCAGUAUACCCUAACUUGCACAGUCAUGUGUUCUUGAAGGCGAAUGACACUGUCACUGGAGUAGUCUUAGAGGACCAGCCCGGAGACCAAGAUGAAGAGAUUGACUUGGAGGAUGGGUCACAACACAUCCUGCAGUACAAACCAAUUGCUGAACUAGUCAAAAAUGGAAAGGUUCAGUUAGUGUGAGAGGAAGCAUGAUACUGUUCAGAAACCAGUAAUAAGUGGUUCUGUGAAAUGCAGGCUUGAGGUCAAGCUUGUUAGAUAACAUAGGCCAUAUUGUCAUCACAAUGAUACAUCCAGUGUUUUUAAGAAUAACAAUUAUUCACAUAGGUUUUGUAUAUACACCUAUUGAACAACAAUUUGGUAUACAUGUAAAUAAUAAGAGUGUGUGAAAUGUAAUUGUAUGUAAUAUAUUUCAUUGUGUCUCCUAUACUAGUAGUCAAUCUGUGUAAAGAAUGUCCUAUAAUAUUUAUUUAUUUAUACUAUGUAUGUAUUGGCUGCUUGUAAACAUUUUGAGAGUUACCAUAAAUAUGGUCUCUUCUGCCAUGCUAGUACCUAUAUAGUAAAAGACUGUAGCUAACAAUGCCUAUUAUAUCAUCAUCUGUCUGUCUACAACUCAAGAUUUCUGCUAUAAACCUGUCUAUACUUAUCUGCUAUUCUAGUCUGCUUGGUUUAAUAUUAAAAACAAUCAAAUUUUAGAAUCUGUAAUAUAAACAAAAUAAAACAAGAGUUAUAGCUUUAAUCAUUUUGAGUUAACGCAACCCUAUCUUUGGUUACUUACCAUAAUCAGAUGAGAUAUACAAGUAAAAUCAAAAUAAUUUUAACAAACAAUUAAUUUUAAUCUUUUAAUCAAAUUAUUGUAUUUCUUGAUUUUGAACAAUAAGCUAAUUAAUAAAGUUAACAAUGUUGUUUUAAAUUUGUAAUACUGAAUUUUAGAAACUGAUGUUAUUUUAAAAUGUAAUACAUACUAAAAUAAAUAAAUAAAAUAAAAAUACGUUUAUUACCAUAACACAAAAAGAGUACAGCAAUGGAAUAAAAAAGUAAGCAAAAUAAGAGCUAAGUACAUGUUUUUUAUUCGUGCUUGGUAAAAGGAUUCAGGUCUCAACAUGUGCUAGGUUAUAAUACCCAGCGUUGAUUUUCAGACUGAUCCUUAUUCCGUUGCCAGGGUGAACAUCAUUAGUAACAAUAAUUACGAGUUUUAUUUAUAAUGUAUAUCUCUAUGCCAAAUAAAUAUUUUCUAUUCUAUUGUAUUCCAAAUCUAGAGUUGCAGAAGAAAAAAAAAAUCGUUGUGAGGGGCGGUUCGCGCAAUUGUGUGUGCGUGCAUGUGUGUGUGUGUGUGUGUGUGUGUGUGUGUGUGUGUGUGUGUGUGUGUGUGUGUGUGUCUGUUUGUGUGUG